AUGGCGAGCAAACCGUUUGUGGGUGGUCGUCUCGUCUUCUUCCUUUUCCAGGUUGCCAUCCCCAUUGUCAUGCUGCUGCCGCUGGGCGGCCAUGCCCGGGUUUGCACCCCGUGCGGCUCGACAUCGGUGCCGUACCCGCUCAGCACGGCGGACGGGUGCGGCGACCCGGCGUACAAGGUCCGGUGCGUGGCCAACACAUCCACGCUCUUCUUCGACGCGCUCAACGGCACUUCCUACCCGAUCACCUCCAUCUCCCCGGCGGCGCAGCGGCUCGUGGUCUCCCCGGCGCCGCUGGUGUCCAAGGACAGCUGCGUGUCGGUGGGAGCAGCGGCGGCCGGCGGCGGCGUGCAGCUCGACCCGUCGCUGCCGUUCAACGUGAGCUCGUCGAACACUAUCAUGCUGCUGAACUGCACGGCCGCGCUGCUGCAGUCACCGCUCGACUGUUCGUCCAGCUCGCUCUGCCACGUCUACGCCAACGCCACGGGCUCGCCCUGCUCGCCGCUGCCGCUCUGCUGCACCUUCGUGGCGGGCGGCUCGUCGACGUCGCACAGGAUCCGCGUGUCGCCGCAGCUCUGCAGCGCGUACAGCAGCUUCGUGGGGCUCGACCCGGCGGCUCCGCCGGCCACGUGGGGAGACCGCCUCGGCCUGGAGCUGCAGUGGGCGACGCCGAGGGAGCCGCUCUGCCGCACGCAGGCUGAUUGCGAGGACGGGGGCAACGCCAAUUGCUCUGACGACCCGCUCGGUGCCGGUGCCGGUGCCGGCGCCGGCGCUAGUGCGCUGAAGCGCUGCUUCUGCAUACCCGGGCUCGCAUGGAACCCCCUCGCCGGCGCGUGUCAGCAAAAUCUUUCUGAUUGCCAGCGCGCUGGAGACUGUAAGGGGUCCAAUCAUGCGCCUCUCAUCGCAGGGAUAGUGUGCGGCUUGGGCGGUGCCCUGCUAGUAACUGCGGCAGGGCUUUUUCUGUAUCGGCGGCAGCGGCGAUUCCGAGUAGCCCGGGAGACACUGGCCAAGGAGCGCGAGGAGAUUCUGAACGCAAACAAUUUGAGCGGCCGCACGGCCAAGAACUUCACCAGCCGAGAGCUGAACCGUGCCACGGCCAACUUCUCCCGGGUCAACCUCCUCGGCGUCGGCGGCUACGGCGAAGUCUACAAGGGCGUGCUCGCGGACGGCACCCUGGUGGCCGUCAAGUGCGCCAAGCUCGGCAACACCAAGUCCACGGACCAGAUCCUGAACGAGGUGCGCGUGCUGUCGCAGGUCAACCACCGCAGCCUCGUCCGCCUCCUCGGCUGCUGCGUCGACCUCCAGCAGCCGCUCAUGGUCUACGAGUACAUCCCCAACGGCACGCUCGCCGACCACCUGUACGGCGGCAUGAGCCAGCCGCCGCUCCCGUGGCGGCGGCGCCUGGCCAUUGCUCACCAGACGGCGGAGGGCAUCUCCUACCUGCACUUCUCCGCGUCGCCGCCCAUCUACCACCGGGACAUCAAGUCGAGCAACAUCCUCCUCGACGAAAACCUCGACGGCAAGGUCUCCGACUUUGGGCUUUCCCGGCUGGCGGAGCCGGGGUUGAGCCACGUCUCCACCUGCGCUCAAGGGACUCUGGGGUACCUUGACCCGGAGUAUUACCGGAACUACCAGCUCACCGACAAGAGCGAUGUGUACAGCUUCGGCGUGGUGCUGCUGGAGCUUCUCACGUCCAAGCGCGCCAUCGACUUUGCCCGUGGCGAGGACGAUGUCAACCUCGCCGUGCAUGUGCAACGGGCAGCGGAUGAGGAGCGACUCUUGGAUGUGGCGGAUCCGGCCAUGAAGAAUUGUGCCACGCAGCUGGAGCUCGACACGAUGAAGGCGCUUGGGUUCCUGGCGCUCGGUUGCCUCGAGGAGCGGCGGCAGAACCGGCCGUCCAUGAAAGAGGUCGUCGAUGAGAUCGAGUACAUCAUCAACAUUGAGGCUGGGGCUGCCGUUGUCGAUGAUCUAUGAAUGCAGCUUUUGUUCUUAAAAAAAAUGAAUGCACCUUUUGUUAUGCUGCCACUGUAUCUUUUUCUAUAUUGGGUUAACCUAAUGGAAACGUCUAGGGCCUAGGUUG